GCAACGGUUGUGCGCAUGUCACGUAAUUCUCGAAGAGGGGGCAGGGCUGAGUCACAUGCUUAUUGCAAACGCGGCGCAAACAAGGUUUCAGAGCCACAGACUCCAAGUUACUGCACAAAGAGAAGACCAGUGCAGUACAGCUGUGUGUACGUGUCAGAUCAGCCAGUUCACUUGUGGAUUGAAGCCAUGACUAGACUUGCUUUCCUGAUUGCUUUCUUGGCUGUAGUUUUGCUGCUAUGUCGUACUGCACGGUCAGAUGAGCUUUACCUGCAACAGUAUGAGAAUGCUAUGGUAGAGUCUGGAAUCCUAUACAAUGAGACACUCAUCUUUGACAUAUUAUCCUUGGAGUCGGAGCCUCAACCUACUGAAUACUGCCCACCACUGCCAGACUCCGUCAUAAAGAUUCCUGCUACAUCAGUGCAUGCUCUGUCUCCGUACCAUAUCAAGGUCCUUGGUGCUGUGGGAGAUUCAGUUACAGCUGGUUUUGGGGCCAAGGCAAAAUGCUUGUUGCAAGCCUUGACCGAGUAUCGAGGCGUAUCCUGGAGUAUUGGGGGGGACAGUGGUGCUAUGACUCUCCCAAACAUUGUGAGGUCGUUUAACUCAAACGUCAAAGGAUUCUCUGUAAAAACGGGGAAGCAAACGUCAGUGAAUGCACACUUUAAUCGAGCCGUAUCUGGAGCUGUUUCAGAUCAAAUACCGGGGGAAGUGCGGGAGCUUGUCAAGAUGAUAAAAGCAGAUCAGAGCAUCAAUGUGGAGGAAGACUGGAAGCUCAUCACUUUGUGGAUUGGAGGAAACGAUCUGUGUAACUACUGUAAAGAAAAGGUGAAAAAGAGUGCAGAAAACUAUGUGAAGAAGAUUAAAGAAGGGUUGGACAUAAUACGAGCUGAGCUGCCGAGAACCUAUGUCAAUGUUGUGGAGAUUCUGGAUGUCACUAAACUGGGAGCACUGAAGACAGGAUUGUUUUGCGACCUCAUCCAUUUAGCUGUGUGCCCCUGUGUUGCCAACAGCAAGUACUGGAGCGAAACAUCUCAAGCUUCCAGGGACUACAAUGAUCUUCUGGAAGAUAUGAUAGAAAAAACUCCCGAGUAUCAUGACUCUGACCAGUUCGCAGUGGUUCUUCAGCCAUUCUUCAAGAACACAGGUCUCCCCUCAAAUGCUGAUGGUGAUGGUGACCGGUCAUACUUUGGACUGGACUGCUUUCAUUUCACUGUCAAAGGUCAUGCUGAGAUAGCCAGUGCUCUCUGGAACAACAUGAUGGAACCAGUUGGGAAUAAGGAUGACAAAGUUGACUGGGGAACAGAGACAAAGUUAAAGUGUCCCUCCAUUGACUUUCCAUAUUUCUACACUGAUAAAAACUCCAAGUCUUUCGUCUCCUCAAAUGGUGAAAAUCCUGACCCUAACACUGACACUGACACAUCACCCAUAAAUCUCCUUGCUGUGUUGCUAGGAACAGGAUUAACAGUGGUUGUAGUUGUUGUAGCGAUUGCUGUAGUUGUUGUUGCUAUGGUGUACAGACGAGGUCGCCGUGGUGUUAGAGCUGGCGGUGUCAGUGUGGGCGUUUCUAUGGAUACUGAGAAAACCCGGCUCAUAUUCCAACAAAUAGCAGCUAGAGAUACUGGUGCAGUAAAAUCACUCAGCUUACGGUACCAAGUUUUCAGUAAGAUGAGGAUCAUUGCUCCAUUUUUUAUCAGUCUGCUGCUGGGAAUCUGCUCUGCACAGACUAGUGAGGAAAUUUUCCUUAAGAAGUAUGAAGCUGCCCUGAAUUCAACUGGAAUCCCCUACGAUGAGACACUCAUCUCAGACUUAUCUUCUAAUGAGUGCAUUGUUCCUCCAUUAAAUUGCGCUAAACUACCGGACCACUAUAUCAACACAAAUCCAACUUCAGUCCAUAAGCUGACUCCGUACAAUAUAAGAGUGAUGGGAGCUGUGGGGGAUUCAGUCACUGCUGGGUUCGGUGCCUUGGCAACCAAUAUUUUUCAGGCGCUAACAGAAUAUCGUGGUGUUUCGUGGAGUAUCGGCGGUGAUGAUGGCUACACUACGAUUCCAAAUAUUGUGAAGGAGUUCAACCCUAAUGUCAAAGGUUUCUCUGUUGGAAAGGGAAAGGCAACUUCAUCUAAUGCUCACUUCAACCAAGCAGUAUCUGGGGCAAUAGCAGAGGAUAUACCAGGACAAGUUAGAACCCUCGUGGACAAGAUAAAGAAUGAUAUUAGUAUGGAAAGCUUUAAUGAAGACUGGAAGAUGAUAACGAUAUGGAUUGGAGGAAAUGAUCUGUGUGCUUACUGCAAUGACAAGACAAAGUAUAGUCCUAGUGAGUAUGUGAAGCACAUUAGAGAGGGCUUGGACAUCCUUAAAGCUGAGUUACCCAGGACAUUUGUUAAUCUGGUUCAAAUCCUUGAUGUAACCGAACUGGAGGGUUUGAAAGGAAGUCUGCUUUGUUCUGCAGUAAAAUUGUUUGCCUGUAGCUGUAACAAUGACGCCUCUACCACCAAAGCAUCAGGGUUUUAUAAUGAUGAGCUGGAAAACAUUGACUUCAACAGUUAUAACACGGAUGACUUUGCCGUUGUUCUUCAGCCGUUCAUGAAGAACUUGAAACUCCCAGAUAAGGACCCCAACUCAUACUUCGGACUUGACUGUUUCCAUUUCAAUCGUAAGGGUCACUGUGAAGCAGCUCGAGCACUCUGGAACAACAUGAUGUCGUUUAAGAUGGAAAAGAAGGACUCUAUCAACUGGGAAGAAAAUCCACUAUUAAAGUGCCCAACUGAGGAGUAUCCGUACUUUUUUACAGGAGAAAAUUCACCACCCCCCUCCGGUUUCGGUGCUGUAAACCCUGACCCCAAUGUGACUCGAAACCCUUCUCAAACUGGCAGCUUCCUGGGCAUUCUGCUCGGAAGUGGAUUAACCACAUUCACUGUUGCCAUAGCCAUCGUUAUUGGUGUUGUCGCAGCACUCGCAUACUCUCGCCAUCGAAGACACCGUAACUCUGUCAGCAUGUCCACAGACUCUGAUGAAAAAAUACGACUUGUUUAGUAACUGAUCAUACAUUAAAGACUCAACGGCUGGUUCGAUGAGGACAUAGUGUGUGCUAGCUGCUUUUUAUAAUGUGUGGUUUGUUUUUACAGGUAGUGUACAAUUGUGAUUGUAUAUAUAGGUUUUUUUGAAUAAAUGGAUAAUAAUAUUA